AUGGCUGCAAUUGCAGGGCUAUCUUCAUGGUCAUCCAAGCCCUCUCCAAUUUGUCCCUCGCAACACCAAGCAUCGUCUAGUAAGAUUAGUAUUAAGCCUUGGACUUUCUCUAUCACCAACAGUCUGAAAGAAAUAACAAAAACCCACUACCCAAUCUCCACAACAGACCAAAACCAGAAGUUUUUUUCUCCCUCCACACACUUAAAUGCAACCUUGCGGAGCUCAAGAGGUUUUGGCCCUUCCCCAAAGAAAAAGAAAAAGACCAAGAAGAAAACAAACCAAAACAAUGACCGCGAUGAAGAUGAAGAUGAGGACGAGGACGAGGAAGAGGACGAGCGGGAGGAAGGCGUAAUACCGGAGAUCGUGACGAACAGGAUGAUUGGGAGGAUGGGGUUCACAGUUGGGGUGCCAUUGUUUCUGGGGCUCUUGUUCUUCCCUUUCUUUUACUACUUGAAAGUUGGCCUGAAAAUAGAUGUGCCCACUUGGGUGCCCUUCAUAGUGUCGUUUGUGUUCUUUGGGACGGCCCUUUUUGGGGUCAGCUAUGGGAUUGUGUCCUCCAGUUGGGAUCCUUUGAGGGAAGGCUCUAUCUUGGGUUGGAAUGAGGCUCAGAAGAAUUGGCCUGUGUUUUGGCAGUCCCUUCGCGGUGGAUCUAAAAAGGACUAA